AUGGCCGAACCAACCGCCCGCGCCGACCUUGCAAGCCGCCAACUCCCCUCCAUGACCCUCGCCACCGGCCUCCCCUCCCUCCCAGGCUCCUCCGCGUCCCGCACCGCCUCCGCGGCGGACGACCCCACCACGCGCUUCGCCCUCCCCGGCACCGCCGUCAUCACCGGCGGCACUGGCGCCAUCGCCAACGCCGUCGCCCGCGCCAUGCUCCAGCACGGCCUCGCCGGCCUCGCCCUCCUCGACCUCGACGUCUCCUCCCCCGCCGCCGCCGCCCAGGUCGCCGCCCUGCGCGCCGAGUUCCCCGCCACCCGCGUCGACGCCCACGCCGUCGACGUCACCGACGAGGCCGCCGUCGCCUCCGUCUUCGACCGCGUCGCCUCGGACCUCGGCGGCGUCGACUACCUCGUCUGCCUCGCCGGCGUCGUCGGCUGCGUCCACGCCCUCGACAUGCCCGCCGCCCAGUUCCGCCGCAUCCUCGACGUCAACACCACGGGCGCCUUCAUCUGCGCCCAGGCCGCCGCGCGCCUCAUGGUCCGCCAGGCCCGCGGCGGCCGCAUCGUCCUCACGGCCUCCAUCUCGGCCCACCGCGUCAACUUCCCGCAGCCCCAGGCCGCCUACAACGCGAGCAAGGGCGCCCUGCUGCAGCUCAAGAGCAGCCUCGCCGCCGAGUGGGCCCGCUACGGCAUCACAGUCAACAGCAUCAGCCCGGGGUACAUGGACACCGUGCUCAACGAGGGCGAGGGGCUGCGCGAGGCCCGCGAGGUCUGGGCCGCGCGGAACCCGGCCGGCAGGAUGGGCAUACCCGACGAGCUCGGCGGCGUCGUCGUCCUGCUCUGCUCGAGGGCAGGGAGCUACUUCAACGGCAGCGACUUGGUCGUUGACGGCGGUGGUAUCGUUUUUUAG